GUACCCUCCUGGGUUGAGGGACAGCUGUUCGGCAUCGUGCAAUCAUUUGGAGCUACCUCAGGAACGUUUAAAAUUAAGUAGUGGGUUAUGGGAUGGAAUGGAAGCCAGUUAAAUGUUGUAGCUGUUAGUGAAAGCUCUGAAAAAGUAUAGCGUUAUACUCCUAAGAGAAAUACAGCCUGAUAUGCUCAGAGGUUCUCCCAGAAAAGCGGAUUCUCUCGGAGCAGCCGCCGCCGUGUGCACGCCGAGCCGAACAGGGAGGAUGGCCACGGGGCGCCUCCCGGGGCUGCUCUUCCUCUUGCAUGCCGCGGCUCGUGUGGCUGCCGAACAAGAAGUUGAAAACCUCUCCGGGCUUUCCCCUAACCCCGAAAAGGAUAUUUUUGUGGUGCGGGAGAACAGGACGACGUGCCUCAUGGCGGAAUUCGCCGCCAAGUUCAUCGUCCCUUACGACGUGUGGGCCAGCAACUACGUGGAUCUGAUCACGGAGCAAGCCGACAUCCCGCUGUCGCGAGGCGCCGAAAUGAAGGGCAAGUGCGGCACCAACGAGUCGGAGCUGGAGAUCUCCUGGCUGGAGCGGGCGUACACCCUCAAACUCUUCUUCCUGAAGGAGGGGCACAACACGUCCCGCGGGCCGGAGGCUUUUUGGAGGCUCAGCCGGAUCCAGUUCGCCUACGACACCUCGGAGCGCACCUACUUCAAGGACGCCGUCAGCCCUGGGAAGCACACGGCCAGCUCCCAUCGGCUCUCUGCCUUGGUCACCCCAGCGGGGAAGUCCUACGAGUGCCAGGCGCAGCAGACCAUCUCCCUCAUCUCCAGUGAUCACCAGAAGUCUGUGCAGCUCCUGUUGUCUGAAGUCCGCAUCCAGCCCUUUGACAUCGCCGCAGACUUUGUCUUCAGUGAAGAACACAAGUGUCCAGUGGACCAGAGGGAGCAGCUGGAGGAAACCCUGCCUCUGAUUUUGGGCCUGAUACUGGGGUUGGUUAUCGUGAUAACCCUGUGUGUUUAUCAUAUCCACCAUAAGCUCACAGCCAACCAAGUGCAGAUUCCUCGUGACAGAUCUCAGUACAAACACAUGGGAUAGGUGACAGGACCCAGCGGCUCCAAUAUUCAUCAGGUAGAAAAAGCAAAAGCAAUUUUCUGUAUGGGAGAGAAAAGGUUACGUGGGGGGGAAGGGAUGGUAUUCACAGCACCCAACUGCAGCAUUUUGUGGAUGCGCAGGGUUGGGCUUUGAUACAGUGAGUGCACAGACAGCUGUCUCCAUAAGACAACCAACUGAUUUCAGGAGCCUGUCUGUGGCAGUAGGUGCUAUGAAUACCUUCUUCAUCAGCUGGACCCAACACAAAUACUUCACGUCAGAGCCAAAUACUGGGGGCAGAAUAGUUCUGUUUCUUCCUUUUUUUCCUUUCCUUUUUUCCUGAAGGGAUCUUUACCUCCCCAUCGUGCUGCUCUUGGCAUGCGGUCUGCCUGUCUGUGUAUUGCAGAGAGCAGGGCUGGGGGAUGGGGCCGUUGCAUGGACUCCAUUAAGGUCAUCUAAGGAAGGGGCUCAAACCGCACUGCUGGCGUUUGCACUCAUGUUAAGUGAAAGCACAAGGAGGUAUGGGGGUGUGUUAGGAGAAAUUCAGGCCGAGUCUUCAAGCUGCUGUAAUGUGGAGUAGUGCAGCAAGGCAGACUGCAGCCAGCUGAGGGUCUGACCCCAUGCUUAAGGUAAAGAAAGUUUGUUUUUGCUUCCUGAGCCACAUCUGAAUUAAACUUAACAAAAAAAUACGAGUAUUGAUACACAAACUAUAAAGUGCCAUGCUACUGCAAGUCAACUGAGAAAUGCUUCUGGCUGGACAUCCUGCACGUAUUGUGAUUGUCGUUGAGAUGUUACAUUGCUACCUGCAACUGAUACCUUCACAGUGAGACUAAGAGAACAGAAAUAGUCACGUUACUAUGCAGAUUAUUCAGGUAUAAUCUAACGUAACAGGAAACAUGUAAGGAAACCCUCGGGAUCUAACCUUAAAUGUAGGCCAUUUUUAAAUGAAUUAAAACAUGUACAUAUAUCGUUCUUGA